AUGCCGAAGAAAUUUGCUAAUGAAAAUCCCAAAGUAAUUGCCUCUCGUGAGCGUAAGGCAGCAGCGAAGAAAGAUGAGCAAGAGAAGAAGCAAAAGGCCGCUGAGGAUGCUUACUGGGCGGAUGACGAUAAACUAAUCAAUAGAAAGCUUCAGAGAAAGGAGGAGGAAGAACGGAAGAGAAUGGAAGCUUUGAAACGGAAAGAAGAAAAUCGUAAACUCGCCGAAGCUGAGAUGGCCAAACUUGCAGCGUCAAAGUCGAAUGCUCAACCGCAGAAAGUUACCAGAGCCACCAUCGAUGAACGUCGGGAAGCCGAACUACGCUUGCAGAAAGAAGAGGAGGCGCGUGCUAAAUUAGCUGCCGAAAAGAUUGAGGUCGUCGAUCAUCUUGAGGAAAACAUGAAUCAGCUGGAAGUGGGAACAGCAACGGCUAGGACUGUUGAGGACGCCAUUCAAGUUCUUGGUGGUGACCGCGAAGGAAUCGACAAGCAUCCUGAGAAGCGAAUGAAGGCCGCUUAUCUAGCUUUCGAAGAAGCAAUGUUACCGCGCCUCAAGCAAGAACACCCAACAUAUCGCCUGUCUCAGCUAAAGCAGCUUCUCAAAAAGGAGUGGCUAAAGUCUCCUCAAAAUCCUCUCAAUGCCAAACUUAUGGCUCUUUCUGCUGUAUGA